AUGAAAUAUAUCGACUCAUUAAAUUUAAUUGGAUUAAAUUCAUAUUUAAAUAUGAUCGAUGUUGGUGAUGCAUUUUUGAUGGGGGAUUUAGAAGAAUAUUCUUGUAAAAUUGCUGGGUCAGAUAAAAAAAUUUAUAAAUCAUUAGAUAAGGAAUUAGAAGAACUAUCAAGUACACCUCAACAAAGUUCAUUGGCAACUUCAGCAUCACCAUCAUCAUCCUCAAUGCUUUCGGUAUCACCAUUUGGACCAUUAUCAUCUAGCACAAGUAGAAAAACAAUGAUUUACCUUAUACAAACCCUAAAUGCAUCAUUCCCAGAUUAUGAUUUCAGUGAUUCCAAACCCGAACAAUUUCGAAAAGAACCAAGUUUAAAUUUAGUAAUUAAUAGCAUCAAUGCAACUUUAUCAGGUUAUAUUAAAGACUACUUUGCUGAAUUUGAAGCAAAACUUUGGUCAACAUUAGAAACAGAAAUAAGCUUACAAAAAUGCGAUAUUUACUCAUAUAUUCCAGAAAAUGGAGACCCAUUCACAGAAGCUGGUGUUUUGUACAGUUUUAAUUACUUUUUCUAUAAUAGGUCAUUAAAAAAAAUAGUAUUUUUUAAAUGUAGAUACAUUUCGAAGUUGCCAAUUCUCGAUAAUAUGGAUACAAAUAAAGAGGAUUUACCAGACCAAGAGGAAUUGGACGAUGAUUAUUAUACAGAGUAUUAUAAUGACACAGUAGAUGGAAUGGAGAUGAAUUAGGAAAUAAUUAAAAGAAUUUCAAGUGUGCCUCAUCAAUUAGCAAAGAUAAAAAAAAAGGUAGUAAAAAAACAACAAACAGUUUUGUUUUUUAAUUUUUAUAUAUAAAUAAAUCAUAAUAAUAAAAAUAAUAAAAAUAAUAAAAU